CAAACCCCUAUAUAUGGAUGAUGCUCGAAUGGAACUAACUUUUACUUUCACAGGGAGAAUCGGCUCUUAAGUCCAAAUUCUAUGGCAAAUCUUUCGAUAUCAAUCUGCUGGGAACCUGGUUCUUGAAGUUGCGCCCCACAUCAGGAGGCGAAGAGCUUUAUACUUGGAAGAAAGUCACAUCCUCUGUCAUCGGAAUCAUCACCGGCAAUCCUACAGUCGACAACUACGGUUUGAUGGAGAUCAAGAACUGGACCACAGGCGAGAUUUGUUAUCUAGAUUUUAAACCAAGAGGCUGGAAAGCCUCGUCUGCAUACCAGGUGACGGGUAAGGCCGUUGACUGUGACGGGUCUCCCAAAUGGAGCAUGGGUGGUCGUUGGAACGACAAGAUCUAUGCCCGCCACACCCCCGGGUUCGAGGCGCAAGUAUCUGGCCAGGACCCCGAAUCGGCGAAGACCCUCUUGGUAUGGCAGAGCCAUGAGCGUCCUACCGGAGUACCUUUUAAUUUGACACCUUUCGUUAUCACACUGAAUGCCCUCUCUGAAGGCCUGAAGGAGCAUCUACCGCCAACUGACACCAGACUUCGGCCUGACCAACGUGCCAUGGAAGAUGGUGAGUAUGAUCUCGCUGCCGAUGAGAAGCAUCGGGUUGAAGAAAAGCAACGAUCAAAGCGAAGAGAAAGGGAAGCCAAUGGGGAGGAAUAUUGUCCCAAGUGGUUUACCAGGGAGACAUGCCCCAUUACCGGGGAAGAAUAUUGGGCUCAUAAUGGAAAAUACUGGAAGUCUAGGGAGGCGCACGACUGGAGUGCUUGUGAUGAUAUCUUUUAGAGGACAUAGCAUACGACAUGACGAUGUUCUAUUGGUUAAUUUUUGUUUUCACUUUCUGAUGUAAAGCAAAGAAAGAAGACGCCACACAUAGGCGGCUCUUGGAUACACGACUUUGUUUUAACAACAUUUCCUCCUUCAACUUUACACCUGAUAGCUUUCUUGUAAUUACUCAUUCAAUACAAUGAUAACCGCGUGUGUUAUUAGUCAAUUUAUUCAUAUCAUUCUGGUAUUAUCAUUUUCAUCCUAGUUGGUUUUUUCGACUCUAUAAAGAUCCCGGAUCACGU